UGUUCGGACGGUGUUUUAUGCAACUGUAUCAUAUUUCUCAGAGCUUGGAAUCAGUGAUAAAGGAUUAGCUAGAUAUCCUCUGUGCAUACUUUUUCUCAGUUGCCUUGGAGCAUUUGUGUCGCCCAGUGGUGCCGCAGUUUCCAUAAAUCCUACGCUUUGCUUUCCUUCACUCGACGAAUCUCAAUUUUAAAAUGACGACCUACAGACGACCGAGGCCAAGGAGCCGAAUGUACGAGUACAACUACGAGUAUGGAACUUCGUACUAUAAACCACAAGUGAGGUAUAUUGGAGAAGCAGUUGAUCCUCAGGCCAGAAGGUCCAGACGGAGGACGAUGAGUCCCCCAGGCGCCCGCACAUUUUCCGAGCGUUGGGCAGCAAAUCCGUUCUACGGACGAUAUGAACCCAUCUCAGAAUAUUACUACAAACCUGCCCCCAUUAUAACUAAAAGUCGGUAUUCAAGAGCGUCCUCAAUCCCUGCAGAUUUGAAUGCUUACUACGCUGAGCCCGUCGAUGCAGAUUACGUAACCAACGUGCGUGGGCGGUCGCUAUCUAGAGCACGGUCAAUGACUCGAGAACAGUCCGUGAUGCGAGGUCAAUCGGUGAUGAGGGGACAAUCCGUUGCGACCACGGCGACUCGAGUCUCCCGGGCUCGCUCCAUGACGCGAGCAAGAUCCGUGAGCAGGGCGAGGUCCGUUUUUGAUGGAGAAUACGACGACGUUCGGAGUGUGAGGGGACAAUCGGUGUACGACGAGGAGGGCUAUUACGACCCCAUCAGCGACCAGGAGUGGGAACGGCUCUUGAAAUUAGCGAGUAAGGAGGAGAGGGAACGCUCCAUAUUUCAGAUGCGGAUGUCUCUUGAGAACCCGAGAGAGUUACCCAAGAAGAAGAUGAUGCAAACAACGCUGGGUCAUGGAAUGUAUCAGAAUUCUCUCUAUGGCACCUACACGUGGGAUCCUGCACCCUAUGUGGGCAGACAAUAAAAACGAUAAUAAAACUGAUCCAUGCUUAUUAUUUAGGUGGUCAUAAUCCUGUCAAUUAUGUGAAUUUGUUUUUUAACUUGACCACAAUUUCCGUAAGAUAUGUACGUAUACGUAAGAAUACAUACUCCCAUGGGGCACUUAUCAAGUGUUAAGAUUGUUUGACUCCAGUUAUGAUUAUUAUCUCGAUUUAUUUGACGUUGCAACUCGUUAAUGUAAUAAUAUUGAAAAAUGAUGAUUGUUCUUUCAAACUUCUUGUGCAAAGUUACCCUCAAAACAGAUGAACUGUGUAAUGAUCAUUCACAUAAAACCUUCUGUUUUUCUCGUAACUUUGCAAAAUAUCAAAACUGCCACGAAAUAAUGUAUGAAUGCAAUUAUGGAAGUAUUACAAUAAUAAUCGCUAUAAUAAAUUUUGAAAAAGCA